AUGGGCAAAAUUGAGGAUAUAGAUCAUGUGUUAUGCACGGGGGAGGUGGCCAAUGCAGUUUGGAGGAGGGCAGCACAAGCUUUGGGAGUUCAAUGUAUGGAGGUUGCAGCUGGUGGGCAAGAGCUUGCUACUAGUUCCGAUGUGCUAAGAGGUUGUUGCAAGGAGGGGGAGCUGGGUAUUCGGAAAGUUAAGAUUGAAUGUGACUCGGCUUUGGUGGUACAAUGGCUUAGAAAUAAGGCUUGUAUGAUGGACAAAUGUUGGAUGAAUGACCCCGAUAGGCUUGUAUCACCUGCAUACGCCGAAGGCGUCAAAUAUUUCCUCACACAAGCACGAAACCAUGCAAGUGGAAGGGCUCGCAUUCGGUGUCCAUGUCGUGCAUGCCUUAACAAUCUGUGGCUGCCUAUACCUGAGGUGGAAACCCAUUUGUUUAUUAAAGGGAUUAACCCAAAUUACACCCAGUGGAUCUUUCAUGGGGAGGAGGAGACAACAUUGUAUGUCAGUGAUGAUGAUCUUGAUGACGAUAUCAUCCAAGAAGACGAUUACAUAGAUGACAUGCAGCAUAUGUUGGAUGACAUCCGGGCAGGCACCUUUGUUGAUGUGCCUCAAGAUAGCACUCCUUUGCCAAACAGGCCAUCAAUACCUGUAGAUGGACCAGCCCCAUCUUUUGACCAGCUACUAGAGGAUGCCCGACGUCCUCUUUACGAUGGGUGUACAGAAUUUUCAAAGUUAUCAUUCGUUGUGAAGUUGUUACACAUCAAAUCAAUCGGUGGAUGGUCAAUUAAGUCGUUUGACAUGCUCCUUGAUUUGUUGAGGUCUGCCUUUCCUAAUGCCCUACUGCCACAAUCAUAUGAGGAGUCAAGGUCUUUGGAGCGCGGUUUGGGCUUCAAGUAUAACAAAAUCCAUGCGUGCCCCAAUGACUGUAUCUUAUAUUGGAAGGAAAAUGCUGCUCUUAAUGAAUGCCCUGUAUGUAAGGCUUCGAGGUGGAUACCAAAUACAGACGGAUCACGCGCAGUACCUCAAAAAGUGUUGCGUCACUUUCCUUUGAAACCGAGAUUGCAGCGUCUCUUCAUGUCUGCCAAGAUAGCAGGUGAUAUGCGAUGGCACAAAGAGCAACAGACGAAAGAAGAUACUUGCAUGAGACAUCCCGCCGACUCCGAGUGCUGGAAGAAAUUUGAUGAAGAUCAUGGUUGGUUCGCAUCGGAUCCUCGCAAUGUUAGGCUCGGUCUGGCAAGUGAUGGCUUCACUCCAUUCAACAACUUGGCUAAACCUCAUAGCAUUUGGCCAGUAAUCCUUGUCCCCUAUAACUUGCCGCCAUGGUCAUGCAUGAAAGACCAAUUCUUCAUGACAUCUCUGAUUAUUCCUGGCCCAAGGUCACCAGGGAAUGAGAUUGAUGGAAAAUUGGCUUGUCCGUCUUGCAAUGCAGAUACAGACUCUAAUUGGUUGAAAUAUGGCCGAAAACAUUGUUACAUGGGACAUCGACGUUUCUUACCCCCAGAUCACAUAUGGAGAAUGAGGAAAGGGUUGUUCAACGGUAGAGAAGAUCAUCGCAUGCCACCAAGGGAUGUAGGAGCUGAAGAGAUUCAAAAUCAAUUGCAGAUGAUUGGGGAUGUUCAGUUUGGCAAAUCUCAUACGAAGAAAAAACGCACUGCUGAAGAGCUAAACUGGACAAAGUGUAGCAUAUUCUUCGUGUUACCUUAUUGGUCAACAGUUCGGCUUCGGCAUAAUUUAGAUGUUAUGCAUAUUGAGAAGAAUAUUGCCGACAACAUCUUAUUUACUUUAAUGAACAGUCCAGGGAAAAGUAAGGAUAACAUCAAUUCAAGGCGUGACUUAGAGCUUUUGGGCUAUAGAAAAGAAUUACACUUGAGGCGUGAUGGUGAUCGUGUAACAAUGCCACAUGCUGCUUACACAUUCAACGUCGAGCAAAGGAAAAAGUUUUGUGAGUGGUUGUCUGAUAUCAAGUUUCCAGAUGGGUUCGCUUCCAAUAUCUCAAACUGUGUCUCUCGAUGUGAGUGCAAAAUCUCAGGGUUGAAAAGCCAUGACUGUCAUGUUUUCCUUCAAAGGCUACUCCCCAUUGCUGCUGGGGGGUAUUUAAGAAGUGACAUUGGCUUGGCUUUGACUGAACUUGGUACUUUCUUCAAAGAGUUGUGCGCUCGAACACUUGAUGUCAACCGCCUGGCCCAACUCCAAAUUGAUGUUGUCACUAUUCUAUGCAAAUUGGAGAUGAUAUUUCCUCCUUCAUUUUUCGAUGUUAUGGUCCACCUAGCUGUCCAUUUACCCCGUGAGGCAAGACUUGGGGGUCCAAUCCAAGAACAUCGUACCUCGCAUACACUUGAUGUGUCCGCUGAUCUGUAUGCGCUAGCUUGCGGGCCUGACCGUUGGGUUGCAACAUAUGCUGCUUGA